AUGUCAGCAACAACAGCACCAAACUCGUUAGUCAUGAACCCAACUUCUAUGUUAGUAGAGAUGAAAAGCUUCAUUCCUUCUUCAUAUACUUUCGAAACAGAAAUCCAGAAGAUAAAGCAAGAACUUCUCCAAGGAGAUCUAAACUGUAGUGCGAAAGAUGAAACAAAUGAACAGUAUCUUUAUGAAAUGCAGGAUAUUAUUGACCAUCUACCUAAACUUCCUGAAAUACAACAACAAAAGCUCACUAUUCCAGAAUUCGAUGAAAUAGAAGUGAAACCAUCUGACUCAGUUGAAAUAAAGAAGUUCAUACGUAAUGUAAACUAUGAGUUUCUUGGAUUUCAUUACAACCACAAAGACUGCGAUAUGGUAUAUUUCAUUGACAUAUAUAAAUCUGAAGAAUUUAAGACCUACGACAACUUUGUUUCGUUAGUUGCUGAGUGUGUCUUGCAGAUAAGAGAUAAAGAUAGAAGAG